GAUAUCUCGCCUAGCACCAACUCAUCAUACUACAUAUCUUCCUAGCUUGAAGCCGGCCAUUUACGUCGUCAUACGCAAGACUGAAAUGGCUUCCGUUGGUCUCAAACGCAAAUGGGAAGAUACAGAAUAUGAUUCAGACGAUGAUGAACCAACUUUUGGAAAACAAAUAUUGCCUGUGGCGAAUUUACCUAUGAACUUUGACCGCGAGCCAGAAGAUGGACUUCAAUAUCUGUUCACGGUUAGACGUGAUGCACGGCGGCUACCGCACGUUACGAGGGUCACUAACCCGUACGAACUGCCCGAACCCGUUCCGCCACUUGAUCUCGUGCAAUCCGACAGCUCACAUAGCAACCUUCCCUCUGAACUUUGGCGUUCUACUUUCUUAACACACUUUCGAAAUUUCAGAAAGAACAUCGCUCAACCAACUAUCCACGUGCAUAUUGAUCCUCACGGAUCACGGAAGGUUAUGCCAGAUAAGAAAGAAAGAGAUCUAUGGUGGUCAUUUCUUGCCGGUUCACCGGAAUCAGACUGGAACCCACCCAAAAAAACAAAGAAAAUCUCGACAAAAAAUAGAUCCUAUGGUCAAAUGUCAGCGUUUUGCGACGAUUCGGAGGUGGAAUAUAACACCAAUGACCAGCAAAAUAUUCACGAAACCCACGAGACCUGGCGUAUCAAUUCAGAAGGCGACGUUGAACUCGCGGAGGAUAAUAAUCUAGCAGGUACACCAUCAUCCGCAGCUCAGCCACGUUCAAAUGGUUCUGGCUUAUCUAUGUCAGCAGUGCAGACAGAAUCCAGAAACACGGGUUCCUUGCUGACUCGUCCAGGCCCGGAACAGCUUUGUAAACCUCGUGAGAUCACCCCCUCAUUGCUGCGAAAAAUAGAUCAUAAUUUGUCCCUGCACCUUCUUAUGUACUUCGCUCACUGGUUGAACAUCCACCUCCAGCACCCCGCUGAACCAACCUUUACGAUCCUUGAGAGUCAUGCACGUUGGAUGUUUGUGUUGUUGGCUAAAGUGGAAGACUUCAUUUCAGCGGAUGACAUGAGUCAACUCAGGAGCCUAGCCCGCGCUUGUUUGGAGCUACUCGUCCGGCGACUGAAGGCCGAGAAGCCUGGAGUGCCUGACAACGUGUCAUCCAAUAUUGGCAUGACUGACGCGUCAUGUUGGAUUAUUUUUACGGCCGUCUCUGGCAUAUGGGGACAAAGUGAUCUUUGGCGGGACGCGGAGAAGUCACUGGCGAGUGCUUAAUGUCGU